CGACCUGCUGCCGCCCUACGAGUGCGAACAGGGGUCUGCAGACCCAGGCUUUUGAACGCGCGACAGCCCCGCCCCGCCCUAGCUGCUGGCGCGGGGUACCGGCGCGCAGGCGGUGCAGAGGCCUCACAGCACAAGCUCCAGGUCCCCUGGUAACCUGUUGAGGCUGGACAAUGAGCGGGGCGAUGCGCACUGUGGACGAUGUGUUUGCUGAUUACGCCGGUAGACGGCGGGGAAUCAUCAAGGCGUUGAGCACAGAGGUCGACCAGCUGUGGGAGCAGUGCGACCCCAGCAAGGAGAACCUGUGCCUCUACGGCUACUCGGACGGCACCUGGGAGGUGACGCUGCCGUGCGAGGAGGUGCCGCCAGAGCUUCCAGAGCCGACGCUGGGCAUCAACUUUGCUCGCGACGGCAUGAAGCGCGCUGACUGGCUGUGCCUGGUGGCCGUGCACGCCGACUGCUGGCUCAUGGCCAUGACUUUCUACAACGGUGCCAAGCUGGACCAGAAGGGGCGGCAGCGGCUGUUUGAGGAAAUCAACAGUCUGCCCACGGUGUACGAGAUUGUGUCGGGCCGCGCCGCGGGCAAGCCCAGCCUGGAGGCGGAGCUGGCGGCCAAGCGCGCGCGCGCGUUUGAGGAGGACGAGGAGGAGGAGGACGGCUCCCCCGACGGCGACGGCGACCCGUGCCCCAACUGCGGCCACACCUACCGGUCUGGCGAGUUUUGGAUCCAGUGCGACGUGUGCGACCGCUGGUUUGACGGCAAGUGCGUGGGCAUGACGGCCAAGCUGGCGGAGCAGCAGCCGCAGUGGAAGUGCCCGCUGUGCUGAGCUGGAGCCUGAGCCUGAGCCCCUCCGGAGCGGGGCUGCAGCUAGGCUGUGACGUGGUGGCCGCCUCCCCUGCCAUUGCCAGCCAGACAGACACCAGCUGGCGGCGAGGCCUUUGUGCCGGCAUGCACAACAGCCACCUGACCCUCCUUCCUUUGCCUUGACCUGUUGACCCUCCACCGUUGCCGUUACUCGCUGUAUCACCGCCCCUCCUUUGAUGUACUGCCGUACACCUCGUCCCUGCUGGGCCAGCCGUGCCCUGCCCAUGCACCUUGUGCUGGGCAGCCGUGCCCUCCCCAAGCACCUGUUCCCUUCUCUUCCACACCCGUGCAACUCGGAGCACUA